AUGCAGGCAAAUUAUGAGGAUUACCAGCUGUGUGAAGUUGAAACUUUGCGAAAGAUCUCAUUCCUUGGCAUAUGUGUCAGCACAGUAGCUACCAUGACGUGUAUCGUUUCCAUCCCCUCACUUUACAACUACAUGCACAUCGUUCAGUCCACUUUAGAAUCGGAAGUGGACUUCUGUCGGCAACGCUCGAACGGACUACUAACGCAAUAUGAAGAUAUGCAAAACUUCAUCGGGAUUCGAAAGUCAACUUCUAAAAGAAAUGCCAUGACAGGAAAUCGAGAUACUCAUUCCGGUGCCAUCACGCACACACCCUUGGAAGAAACCGCUUCGAAAGAUAACGAUGAGCAGUGCUGCUCAUGCAAAAUGGGGCCACCGGGACCACCAGGUCCCCCAGGGCCAGACGGACUAGAUGGAAACGAUGGCUUACCUGGCAUUGAGGGAGAACGAGGACCAGAUGCAGGGGUUAAUGAAAUUCCCAGCGCAGCUGAUUUCUGCUUCGAUUGCCCAGCAGGCCCUCCAGGACCACCAGGAAGACCUGGUCUGAAAGGACCAAAUGGAAGACCAGGUAGUGAUGGUGCACAAGGUAAUCCAGGAUCACCAGGACAGCCUGGUAAACCUGGUCCUCCUGGAGAACCAGGAAGUGAUGGUUUAUCUGGACCACCAGGCAAACCAGGUACGCCUGGCAUAUGUGAAGAAGUUAUAGUACCGGAAGGCCCUCCCGGACCUACUGGACCUAUUGGGGAACAAGGCGAGGAUGGACCACCUGGAGCACCUGGUACUCCAGGAGCUGAUGGACCUCAAGGACCACCUGGUGAUCCAGGAAGGGAUGGUAGGCCAGGCGAACCUGGCCCACCAGGCUUACCAGGGCCAUUAGGAGAUGUUGGAGAAAGCGGAGGCUGCGAUCAUUGCCCACCACCGCGAACUGCACCAGGAUAUUAG